ACACAAGUGACUCUCCUGAACAGACAAAUUCAUAAGUUACAACAACCAGCCAGAAAUGCAGAUUGCUGUCUUGUUUUUACUUAGUGUACCUGGAUGUCUUGGGAUUGUGGAGUUUUAUCCUUUUGGAUCUAAUGCUGGAGACAGAGCGGUCAGUAAAAAUGACGACGGAAGUUCCCCAGAAAUUCCCAUCUCCACACGGUUCCCAUUCUUUAAUCAUCAACACGACCACUUGAUCAUUAACACAAAUGGAGUCAUCUCCUUCCUUAAAACCGUGUCAACAUAUACCCCGAAUCCCUUCCCACUGGAUGGCGACCGAAGGCUGGUUGCUAUUUUCUGGGCUGAUGUCGACACACGAAACGGAGGUACUGUGUGGUAUCGAGAGUCAACCGAUCAAACGAUACUAGACAGAGCAACAAACGAAGUCAGGACAUACUUCCCACAGUUCUUCCGUUUUCAAGCCACUUGGGUCUUCAUUGCUACCUGGUAUGAUGUUGCAUUCUUUGGAUGUUCUACCUGUUUGAAGAGAAACACGUUUCAAGAGAUUCUGAUUACCAAUGGCCAGCACUCGUUUACUAUUUUCAAUUACAAACAAAUUGAAUGGACAACAGGAACAGCCAGCGGUGGGAAUGCAAGUACUGGCCUUGGAGGAACACCAGCUCAGGUUGGUUUUAAUGCUGGAGAUGGCAAAGUGUUUUACGUUGUGAAUGCUUCUAGAACCCGAGAUAUUCUGCAUGUAAACCACAUGUCAAAUAUCGGAGUCCCGGGAAAAUUCGCCUUCCGUAUUGAUGCCGCAGAGAUUGGUAAUGGUGGCUGUAAUACAAAAGGCAGUCUGCUGAUUUCCCCACGUCAUGGCCCUAUGCUUGGAGGACAAUAUCUGGUGAUUAGCGGUCCAUGCAUGAACCCUGAUGACGUCAUUCAGGUUAAGUACUUCUAUAUGCCAGAGUUAUUUCCUUGCCAAAGAAAAUCAAAUUACAGCGCCAUCUGUAUCACUCCGAUAUUUAACAUAACCGGUGACAUCACGGUCCACGUCAUCAUUCGAGAUAUUAAGGGACAGGAACAACAUCAUACAGGACCCUAUACGAUAGUAAACCCAGCUGUGUUUAAGAAUCCUGUGAAGAGACAUCAGCCUCAAAAUUGGAUCAAUGGCCACCAACAAGUUAUUUCCUGGGAUCCAUUUGCGUUCGAAUUAAGAGAAUCUGAAAGAAUUCACGUACAUUUAUUUACAGUAAAGGAACAGUUUAACAAUCAGCUUCUGUGGGAGAAAUCCACGUUGCAUGAUAACAUAGCGAGAACUCUUGGAACCUAUACCAUUCAGCUUCAAACAGAAGGGUAUAUGGCAGCAAUCCGUGUCACUGCUGCAAUGGAAACGGACACUGACCUGUCAGAAAGAGGAAUUUGGUCAGAAAUCUUUGCAGUUGUUCCACAGCAACAAAAAUCACAGCGGUUCUGUCAAAACUGGCUGAGACAGGAGUAUCAUCUUUCAAGGGUAUCUUCGCAAAAUAUUCCACCCUGUCCUUGCACACUACAACAGGCUUUGAUGGACACGGCUCGAUACCAGCCUGAUCCCGAUUGUAAUAUGGUAACAAAGACCAGGGAUGGUGACUUCAAUUGUCUGUACAGAGCAGAUGCAAAGCACUGUGUUCGACUCAGCGUUCCUGGACCUCUGGACAGUGACAAUGUGUGUUGCUACGACUUCAGUGGCAAUCUGAUCGACACCCGUGUAAAGGAAGGCGGUUCUCUACAACGUUACCACUAUUUAGGAGGAGAGAAAAAUAUCCCCUAUGUUACCAACUUCUACUACGAUGUCCUCCCUUUCCUGCACUGCUGUAGAUAUUAUGGUAUCAGCUCAGAUGUUGGACAGGGUGGAAGCUUUCUUUAUUCAGAAUGCCAGGAUUAUCUAGAGUUUAGAAAAAUUAGCUCUUGUUACAACUACAUCCCGCCACGUCCAGCCGGUGCCAACGGUGAUCCUCACAUUAAGACGUUAGAUGGAUUUGGAUACAACUUCAAUGGACUCGGAGAGUUUCAUUUCAUUGUUUCUAGGAAUAUGUCAUUCGAGAGUCAAAUUAGGUUUGAACAGGCAAAGCGUAGUAAUGGCAGUACAGUUGCUGCCAGCGUCUGCACGUCUUUUGUGGCUCGUGUUAUAAAUGCGUCUGAUACAGUAGAAGUGAUUCUAAAUUCUAUCAGAGUGGCGGAUGUCCUCAUCAACGGGCAGAUACAGGACUUUAGUGACGUGUCCUGGUUGAGAUAUGAUGGUGUAUCAAUCCUUAAUUUACAUAAGACAUCUAUAAACACGACAAGUAGGGAAAUCCUCGUGAUGUUUGCUGAUGUGGGAGUAUCCUUCAGAAUUAUGGCAAGCUAUAACGUACUUAAUGUCAUGCCAAUCAUUGCCAAUGAUUCAUUUAAAGGUACAUGUAAAAUUAGAUUAUUUAUAUAAUAAAA